AUGUUAGCGGAGUUCGCCUCAGUGCUUCCCCUUCCGGCAGCCGUGGCCUGCGGCAUAGUUGUCCUGUCUGUCCAUGCCGCUUUGGCGGAAUGGGAUUUGAAGGGCUUGUCGACGGCCUGGUUGAGCUGGGUUAAGAAAGGAGCGGAGAAGUUGAAGAAGCCGGAUUUGCAGGAGCAGCGUAUGGAAGAUGCCCUGCAGAAGAUGAUGAUGGAACAUUACAAGCGAGCCAUACGGUACCUGGCGCACUUCCUGGCAGUCGUAGUACUGUGCCUAUUGUACCCCAUGCAGCAGCCGGACUUUGUCACCGUAGUCCAGUUUGUUGCGGUCUUGGUGCAUUAUCUUUGCUGCUGGUGGGUGGCGAGAUCGCACCUCACCUUCAGCACGCUUCGACUGCUCACGGUGCUGUCACAUUUUCUUGUUGACACCUUCUUCGUCGUCGCCAUACAUGUCUCGGAGAAAGCGGACUACAACCUCCUCGCGGUUGUCUCAGCAGCCUUGCGCGUGUGUGGGGCUGCUGUCUUGCACGAUCCGCCUGUUUUCAUCCCAUGUCAGGCGUGGGUUUUUGUGGUGGAAGUUGCGUGCUACUUCGGACUGGAGGGGGCACACCGCGGUCCUCCUUUGCACUUCCUUUGUGGUCAAGCUGUCAUCCUGGCCUUGGUCUGUGGAGUCGCAAACAUGGUCCAGGAGUGGGCACGAACUUGCAUCAAAGCUUCAUUUCAGUCAGCCGACGCCAAUCUCUGUUUGGAGGGCUUCCAGCGAGUGUUGCGAGGUGUUUGCGAUGCAGACGUGCUGCUCGAUGAUAGUUUCAAUUUCGUCGGGGACAACACUCGCUUGAGACGCGUCCUUGCAACACCCACCGAUCUUCAAGGCGUGAAGUUUACUGACCUACUCGAUCAGGAGGGAAGAACGCAGUUCGAGAAAUUCGUCCGGAUGCCAUGCAAUGCAAGCCAAAAUCCGGAAGAGAGGGAGGAACAGGACAAAACCUGCAGCAUUCCGCCCUGCCUGCGCAUCUCGCUGCCAAGUUCGUAUUCGCGGGUUGGCGUGGACAUUUUCCAUGUUCUGGUGCCCCGCUUUCUGGAUGCUGCAGGACCCCUUCACCUUCUGGCGAUUACGGAAGAUCCAGAUACGAGGCUGCAGCCGGAUGCAACGCUUGGAGCGAUUCCAGAAGCGCUUUCCAUGUACUCCGAAGAGGACAACGAUUGCAUGUCCACGGUUGCAGAGUCGGAGGCGGCUUGCUCAAAACACAGUCUGAGCAGUUCGAUGCUGUGCAGGGUACAUCCCGUUCCCGAACUGCGUGAACUUACGAUGCUCGUGGAUGCUAGUACGGACCAGCAGGAUGUGCUGCAAGUACACGCCAAGUUCAAGCGAGACAAGAACCUGCCCAAUGACAUUCACUCGUGCAUGCCAUGCUUGCAGACCAUGCUGAGACCGUCGGAUUGGCUCAGCAUCCGUAUGCGCGUGGCGAAGUUUGCGCACGAACAGUGCCAGGUUGGUUCUCCGGACACGCAUGAGCUGCCAUCCGUGAUGCUUCGGAGACUGGAUGACCAAAACAAGUUCCUGGCGGCCAACACGGUCAACCUCGCCCCGUGUCGCGGUCAGGAAUCAUCGAAGAAGUCUUCGUUGGUUUGGGUCUACGUCCGAGAUUUCGUGAAUGACGAGGCCAAAUUUCGAAUGCAACCGGGUAAUGUCUUGACCUGA